AUGUGGGCACUCUUGGCUCUCUCGCUGCUCAUCCUAGCCUAUUUAUUUUGGUCCAAGGAAAAGCACCGUGGUGCCAAGUACCCCAAGAGCCUCCCGUUCCUGCCCCUGGUGGGUAGCCUGCCAUUCAUCCCCAGAUAUGGCCAUAUGCACAUCAACUUCUUCAAGCUGCAGAAAAAAUAUGGCCCCAUCUAUUCUGUUCGUAUGGGUACCAAGACUACAGUGAUUGUCGGCCACCACCAGCUGGCCAGGGAUGUGCUUAUUAAGAAGGGCAAGGAAUUCUCCGGGCGGCCCUACGUGACGACUCUAGCCAUCCUGUCAAACAACCAGAAGGGAAUCGCCUUUGCUGACUCUGGUGACCACUGGCAGCUGCAUCGGAAGCUGGCGCUGGCCACAUUUGCCCUUUUCAAGGAUGGCGACCAGAAGCUACAGAAGAUCAUAUGUCAGGAAAUCAGUUUAAUGUGUGAUUUGCUGGCCACCCACCAUGGACAGUCCAUAGAUUUGUCCUUGCCUCUCUUCAUGACGAUAACCAACGUAAUCUGCUUGAUCUGCUUCAACACCUCCUACAAGAAUGGGGAUCCUGUGUUGAAGACCAUACAGGAUUACAAUGAAGGCAUCCUGGAUAUUGUGGGCCUGCAAAAUGUGGUAGACAUAUUCCCCUGGUUGCAGAUUUUCCCCAACAAAGCCCUAGAGAAGUUGAAGAAUUAUGUUGAAAUGCGAAAUAAACUGCUGAAUGAUAUAUUUGAAAAAUACAAGGAGAAAUUCAGCAGCGAUUCUAUCACCAGCAUGCUGGACAUACUGAUCCAAGCCAAGAUGAACUCAGACAACAACAAUAGUGACCAAGACCAGGAUUCAGAGAUAUUUUCAGAUAAACACAUUCUUAGCACCAUAGGGGACAUCUUUGGGGCUGGUGUGGAGACCACUACCUCUGUGGUGAAGUGGAUUGUGGCCUUCCUGCUGCAUAAUCCCCAGUUGCAGAAGAAGAUCCAGAAGGAGAUUGACCAGAAUGUAGGUUUCAGCCGUACACCAACUAUCAGCGACCGGAACCACCUUGUCCUGCUGGAGGCCACCAUCCGAGAGGUGCUUCGCAUUAGGCCUGUGGCCCCUAUGCUCAUCCCCCACAAGGCUAAUGUUGACUCCAGCAUUGGUGAGUUUGCCAUUGACAAGGGCACACAUGUUAUCAUCAAUUUGUGGGCGCUGCAUCAUAACGAGAAGGAGUGGCACCAGCCGGACCAGUUCCUGCCUGAGCGCUUCUUGGACCCAACGGGGAGCCAGCUCAUCUCACCAACGUUAAGCUACUUGCCGUUUGGAGCGGGACCCCGUUCCUGCAUAGGUGAGUUCUUGGCCCGCCAGGAGCUCUUCCUCAUCACGGCCUGGUUGCUGCAGAGGUUCGACCUGGACAUGCCAGACAACGGGCAGCGGCCUGGCCUGGAGGGCAACCCCAAAGUGGUCUUUCUGAUUGAUCCUUUCAAAGUGAAGAUCAAGGUGCGCCAGGCCUGGAGGGAAGCCCAUGCUGAGGGUAGCACCUAG